CCACCCUCCCAGGAGGAGCCGCCGGCCCUGGACGCUCCAAAUUCUGAGCUCUCAUCAUGGCGGCGGCGGCGGCGGCGGCGGCGGCCGUCGGGGGUCCGCAGCCACCCCAAGCCGAGAUGCCCGCGCCCGGGCUGGCCCUCGACAAGGCGGCCACCGCCGCGCACCUGAAGGCGGCCCUCAGCCGGCCGGACAACCGCGCAGGUGCCGAAGAGCUGCAGGCGCUGCUGGAGCGGGUGCUGAGCGCCGAGCGGCCGCUGGCUGCGGCUGCAGACGGCGAGGAGGCGGCGGCGGCCGGCGGCGGGGGCGGUCCGGGGGCGGCCGAGGAGGAGGCCCUGGAGUGGUGUAAGUGCCUUCUGGCGGGCGGCGGAGGCUACGACGAGUUCUGCGCGGCGGUGCGGGCCUACGACCCCGCGGCGCUCUGCGGCCUGGUCUGGACAGCCAACUUCGUGGCCUACCGCUGCCGGACGUGCGGCAUCUCUCCCUGCAUGUCGCUGUGCGCCGAGUGCUUCCACCAGGGUGACCACACCGGACACGACUUCAACAUGUUCCGCAGCCAGGCCGGCGGUGCCUGCGACUGCGGGGACAGCAACGUGAUGCGGGAGAGUGGGUUUUGCAAAAGGCAUCAAAUUAAAUCAAGUUCAAAUAUUCCCUGUGUCCCCAAAGACUUACUGAUGAUGUCUGAAUUUGUUCUUCCAAGAUUUAUUUUUUGUCUUAUUCAGUACUUAAGAGAAGGCUAUAAUGAACCAGCAGCUGAUGUACCAUCAGAAAAAGACCUUAACAAAGUCCUUCAGCUUUUGGAACCUCAAAUUUCCUUUUUAGAAGAUCUAACUAAAAUGGGAGGAGCAAUGCGGUCUGUUCUUACUCAGGUUUUGACAAACCAACAAAGCUACAAAGAUCUGACUUCUGGUCUUGGAGAAAAUGCUUAUGCAAGGAAAAGUCAUGAAAAAUACCUUAUAGCUUUGAAGAGCUCUGGACUUACAUAUCCUGAGGAUAAACUUGUAUAUGGUAUACAAGAACCAUCUGCUGGCACUAGCACUCUGGCAGUUCAAGGUUUUGCAGGUGCAACAGGAACAUUGGGACAACUAGAUUCUUCAGAUGAGGAGGAUCAGGAUGGGAGUCAAGGUCUGGGCAAGAGAAAGAGGGUCAAACUAAGCAGUAACACCAAAGAUCAAUCCAUAAUGGAUGUUUUGAAGCAUAAAAGUUUCUUAGAAGAACUAUUGUUUUGGACCAUAAAGUAUGAAUUUCCCCAGAAGAUGGUGACUUUCUUACUCAACAUGCUUCCAGAUCAAGAGUAUAAGGUUGCUUUUACAAAAACUUUUGUUCAGCAUUAUGCUUUCAUUAUGAAAACACUGAAGAAAAGUCAUGAAUCAGACACAAUGUCUAACAGAAUUGUGCAUAUUAGUGUUCAGUUGUUCAGCAAUGAGGAGCUAGCCAGACAGGUAACAGAAGAAUGUCAGCUGCUGGAUAUUAUGGUCACUGUGCUGUUAUACAUGAUGGAAAGUUGCCUUAUUAAAAGUGAGCUACAAGAUGAAGAAAAUAGUUUACAUGUGGUAGUGAAUUGUGGAGAAGCAUUACUGAAGAAUAACACUUAUUGGCCUCUUGUCAGUGAUUUUAUUAAUAUCCUUUCUCAUCAAAGUGUGGCUAAGAGAUUUUUGGAGGACCAUGGUUUGUUAGUGACAUGGAUGAACUUUGUAUCUUUCUUUCAAGGUAUGAACUUAAAUAAGCGAGAACUAAAUGAGCAUGUGGAAUUUGAAUCUCAGACCUACUAUGCUGCCUUUGCUGCUGAACUUGAGGCCUGUGCACAGCCAAUGUGGGGACUCUUAUCACAUUGUAAAGUUAGGGAAACUCAAGAAUAUACCCGAAAUGUUGUGAGAUACUGCCUUGAAGCUCUUCAAGACUGGUUUGAUGCUAUUAACUUCGUAGAUGAGCCAGCACCUAACCAAGUCACUUUUCAUCUGCCACUACAUCGUUAUUAUGCUAUGUUUUUGAGUAAGGCUGUGAAAUGUCAAGAACUAGAUUUGGAUUCUGUUUUACCAGAUCAGGAAAUGUUAAUGAAACUAAUGAUUCAUCCACUCCAAAUUCAGGCAAGUCUUGCCGAAAUCCAUAGCAAUAUGUGGGUAAGAAAUGGUCUGCAAAUCAAAGGACAAGCCAUGACCUAUGUCCAGUCUCAUUUCUGUAAUUCCAUGAUUGAUCCUGACAUUUACCUAUUACAGGUUUGUGCAUCUAGACUUGAUCCAGAUUAUUUUAUUUCAUCUGUCUUUGAAAGAUUUAAGGUAGUGGAUUUGUUGACAAUGGCUUCACAACAUCAAAACACAGUACUUGAUGCAGAGCAUGAGAGAUCCAUGUUAGAAGGCGCUCUUACAUUUCUUGUGAUUCUUUUGAGUCUUCGUUUACAUUUAGGAAUGUCUGAUGAUGAGAUUCUCAGAGCAGAGAUGGUAGCCCAGCUGUGUAUGAAUGACAGAACACAUAGUUCAUUGCUGGACCUCAUUCCAGAAAAUCCAAAUCCCAAAAGUGGCAUUAUUCCAGGAAGUUAUAGCUUUGAAUCAGUUUUAUCAGCUGUAGCUGAUUUUAAGGCUCCUGUUUUUGAACCUGGAGGUUCUAUGCAACAAGGCAUGUAUACUCCUAAAGCUGAAGUCUGGGAUCAUGAGUUUGACCCCGUCAUGGUCAUUCUUCGAACAGUUUACCGUAGAGACGUGCAGUCUGCAAUGGACAGAUACACAGCAUUUUUAAAACAGAGUGGAAAAUUCCCUGGAAAUCCCUGGCCUCCCUAUAAGAAAAGGACGCCACUCCAUCCCAGCUAUAAAGGUCUCAUGAGACUUUUGCACUGUAAAACUUUACACAUUGUGCUAUUCACUCUGCUUUACAAGAUUUUGAUGGAUCAUCAAAAUCUGUCAGAACAUGUACUCUGCAUGGUUUUAUAUCUGAUUGAAUUAGGACUUGAAAAUUCAGCUGAAGAGGAAUCAGAUGAAGAGGCAUCAGUAGGUGGACCAGAACGUUGUCAUGACAGUUGGUUUCCUGGUAGUAACUUAGUAUCAAACAUGCGACACUUUAUAAAUUAUGUUAGAGUGAGAGUUCCAGAGACUGCUCCGGAAGUGAAGAGAGACUCACCUGCAAGUACCAGCUCUGAUAGCUUGGGUUCUUUACAAAGUUCACGUCGGCCUAAAGUUCUUCAAAGAGAGAAUUCUGGUACAGCUCAAGUUUUCAGCUUAGUAGCAGAGCGUAGAAAGAAGUUUCAGGAGAUCAUCAAUCGCAAUAGCAGUGAAGCAAAUCAGGUGGUUCGUCCUAAAACUUCAAAUAAAUGGUCUGCACCUGGUUCAGCUCCACAGUUAACUACAGCCAUUUUGGAAAUUAAAGAAAGCAUAUUGUCUUUGUUAAUUAAACUUCACCACAAACUCUCAGGAAAACAAAACUCCUACUAUCCUCCCUGGCUUGAUGACAUAGAAAUUUUAAUCCAACCAGAUAUACCUAAAUAUAGUCAUGGAGAUGGUAUAACUGCAGUAGAAAGAAUUUUACUAAAAGCUGCAUUGCAAAGCAGAAUGAACAAACGCAUCAUUGAAGAGAUAUGUAGAAAAGUGACCCCUCCUGUACCACCCAAAAAGAUCACUGCUGCAGAGAAGAAAACACUGGACAAAGAAGAAAGACGACAAAAGGCCAGAGAGAGGCAGCAGAAGUUGCUUGCAGAAUUUGCUUCACGACAGAAAAGCUUCAUGGAAACGGCAAUGGAUGUUGAUUCUCCAGAGAGUGAUAUUCCUAUGGAGAUCACCACAGCAGAACCACAAGUUUCUGAGGCAGUGUAUGAUUGUGUUAUUUGUGGACAGAGUGGCCCCUCCUCUGAAGACAGACCUACAGGAUUGGUUGUACUGUUACAAGCAUCCUCAGUUUUGGGGCAGUGCCGUGACAACAUUGAGCCAAAAAAGUUGCCUAUCACUGAAGAGGAGCAGAUUUACCCUUGGGAUACAUGUGCAGCAGUUCAUGACGUGAGGCUCUCAUUAUUACAGCGUUAUUUUAAGGAUAGUUCUUGUCUCUUGGCAGUAUCCAUUGGCUGGGAAGGAGGUGUUUAUGUACAAACCUGUGGCCACACGUUACAUAUAGAUUGUCAUAAAUCUUAUAUGGAAUCAUUACGGAAUGACCAGGUUCUUCAGGGCUUCUCAGUGGACAAAGGAGAGUUCACAUGUCCUCUCUGCAGGCAGUUUGCUAACAGUGUUCUUCCUUGUUAUCCUGGAAGCAAUGUCGAAAACAACCUUUGGCAACGUCCUAGUAACAAAAGCAUACAAGAUCUCAUAAAGGAAGUGGAGGAGCUGCAGGGACGUCCGGGAGCUUUCCCAGUAAGCAUCAGUUCAGAAACCAACUUAAGUAAAGAAAUGGAAUCUGUAAUGAAAGAUAUCAAAAAUACCACUCAGAAGAAAUAUAGAGACUAUAGCAAGACUCCAGGCUCACCAGAUAAUGAUUUUCUCUUUAUGUAUUCUGUUGCUAGAACCAAUUUGGAACUUGAAUUAAUUCAUCGAGGAGGGAAUUUAUGUUCAGGUGGUGCAAGCACAGCUGGUAAAAGGUCUUGUUUAAAUCAACUGUUCCAUGUAUUAGCCUUGCACAUGCGGCUUUACAGCAUUGAUUCUGAGUAUAAUCCUUGGAGAAAGCUCACACAGUUACUAGAAGAGAUGAAUUCACAGCUGGGAAAUGAGGAGCAACAGCCUGAGGUUCCAAUUCUUUAUCAUGAUGUUACAUCCCUUUUGCUUAUCCAGAUCUUAAUGAUGCCACAACCCUUACGCAAAGACCAUUUCACCUGCAUUGUAAAGGUGCUUUUUACCCUAUUGUACACGCAAGGUCUUGUGGCACUUUCAGUUAAAUGCAAUGAGGACGAUAGGUCAGCCUGGAAACACACGGGAGCUCUCAAAAAGAAUACAUGUGAUGCAGAGAAGUCUUAUGAAGUCUUAUUGAGCUUUGUGAUAAGGGAACUAUCUAAAGGAAAGUUAUACCAUGAAGAAGGAACGCAGGAGUGUGCAACGAUUAGCCCUAUUGCUUGGUCUCCUGAAUCCACGGAAAAAUACUUACAGGACUUCUGCUUACAUUUCCUCAGAAUCACCAGCCUUCUUCAGCACCACCUUUUUGGGGAAGAUUUACCUAGCUGCCAGAGCACAAGCUCCGGACGCUCAGGCUCAGCGGCCAUGGCUCACGGGCCCAGCCGCUCCGCGGCGUGUGGGAUCUUCCCGGACCGGGGCACGAACCCGUGUCCCCUGCAUCGGCAGGCAGACUCUCAACCACUGCACCACCAGGGAAGCACACAUAGGUUUUUAACCAGGAACUAGACUCCUCACUAGAUUGCUAUGGAAAAAAAAAAAAAAGAGAGAGAGAGAAGAUACAAAUUACCAAUAUCAGGAAUGAAGGAGGAAACGUUCCUACAGAACCAUAAGAGAAUAUUAUGAAUAACAUUUGCAAACAAAUUUGAUAACAUCUAUAAAAUGAACAAAUUCUUUGAAAGAUACAAAUUACUAAAACUGACUCAAGAAGAAAUAGAAAAUUUUGAAUAGAUCUAUAUUGAGUAAGGAAAUUGAUUUAGUUAUUAAACUUCUACAAUUAUUAUCCUGCCAAAAAAUGAGAUCAACAACUUUAUAACAACAAAGAUAACAUCAUGAUGAAUUCUAUGAAAAAUUUAAGGAAGAAAUUUUAUCAAUAUUAUAUAAACUCUUGGCAAACAGAGGAAGAAGAGACACUGCAUACUCAUUUUAUGAGGCCAGUUUUACUAAUACCCAGUCCAGGCAUCAUGAGAAAAGAAAACUACAAACCCAUAUCUCUCAUGAACAUAGAAGCAAAAGCCUUAAUAAAAUAUUACCAGUAAAAAGGAUAAUACACCAUGACCAAAUGGGUUUAUCCUAGGAAUGCACAUUGGCUCAACAACAAUAAAAGAUCAAUAAACUUAAUUCACCAUAUUAAUAGAAUACAUUUUUUAAAAGCAUAUGAUCAUCUCAGUAGCCAUUUGACAAAAUCUAACACCCUUUCAUGGUAAAAAAAAAAAAAAAAAAAAAACACCAAAAAAAGGAAUAGAAGGGAAAGUCUGAUAAAGGGCACCUAUGAGAAACCCAUAGCUAAUAUCAUAUUUAAAAGUGAAAGAUAGAAAGCUUGCCCACAAAGAUAAGAAAUAAGGCAAGGAUGUCUGCCCUCUUCCUGUCUUUUAAGCACUAUAUUGAAGGUUCUAGAAAGAGCAGUUAGGCAAGAAAAAGAAAUAAAAGGCAUCCAGAUUGGAAAGGAAGAGGGAAAACAAUCUGUUUGCAAAUUAGAUGAUCUUGUUUGUGGAAAAUUGUAAGGAAUCUCUCAAAAGCUAUUAGAGCUAAUAAACGAGUUUAGCAAGGUUGUAGGAUACAUGAUAAAUGUACAAAAAAAGUCAGUUGUGUUUCUGUGCAUUAGCAAUGAGCAAUUUGAAAAUGAAAUUAAGAAAAUAGGGUGAUGGAAAUAUUCUGGAAUUAGAUAGUGGGUGAUGGUUGCACAAUUUUGUGAAUAUACUAAAACUCACUAAAUUGUUCAUUUUAAAAGGAUGAAUUUUAUGGUAUACAAAUUAUAUCUCAAAAAAUAUAUUGAGAAAUUAUUGUAUCCAGAAUAUAUCAGGAACUCAAUAAUAAAAAAGCAAAAGAUACAAAGUGAGCAAAAAAUUUGAAUAGGGCACACUUCUCAUCAGAAUGUAUAUGAAUGACCAACAGUACAUGAAAAGCUGUUCAACAUCAUUAUUGUUUAGAGUAGAAAUUAAUAUUACAAGUGUUGGUGAGGAUCUGGAGUACCUGACACUCUUCAGUCAUUUGCUGGUGGGAAUGCAAAAUGGUAUAGUCAAAUUUGGAAGAAGUUUGACAGCUUCUUUAAAAAGUUAAGCAUACUUACAGUACAACCCCCAAAUAAAUAGGUGUCUACCAAAAUAAAUGAAAACUUAUGUCCACAUAAAGACUUUUAUAUGAAUGUUCAUAGCAGACUAAUUUGUAGUAGUUAAAAACUGGCAACAACCCAGAAUUCCAUCAACAAGCAAAUGCAUGAACAAAAUGUGGUGUAUUCAUUCAGUGGAAUACUACUCAGCAUUAAAAAGGAAUGGACUGCUGAUACACGCAAUAACACGAAUGAAUCUAAAAAUACUGCGCUAAGUGAAAGAGGCCAGGUACAAAAGACUACAUACUGUAUGAUUCCAUUUAUAUGGAAUUUUUAAAAAUCCCCAAACUGUAAUGGCAGAUUAUAGUUGGCAGAAAGCAGAUAAGUGGUUGUUUGGGGCCAGGAGCAGGGGCUGGAAUUAAUUGCAGAAGAGCACCAAGGAACUUUUUCAGGGGAUGGAAUUGUUCUAAAACUUUAUUGUAGCAGUGGUUGCAUGAGUAUACCUUUUCCAAAAUUCAUCAGACUUAAAGUGGGUGAAUUUUAUGGUAUGUAAGUUAUACCUCAGUAAAGUUAGUUUUUAACAUGCCUUAUUAAUGUAUCUAUACAAAUGAGGGAUUUGUGGCCUCAUUUCUAGUGAUUUAAAAAAUCAGCAUCUUUUUCAGCCUGCAUAUCAUUUUGCUUUUUCAUCUUUAUUUCUUUUUUUAUUUUGGCUGUGCUGCACAGCUUGUGGGAUCUUAGUACCCCAACCAGGGAUUGAACCUGGGUCUCAGCAGUGAAAGCGCCAGAGACCUAACCUCUGGACCGUCAGGGAGUUCCCCUUUAUUUCUUCUUUAUAGCAUAUUUCAGAUUUUUGUACUUAAUCCACACAAUUAGUUGUUUUGCAAACAGAUGUUUGUUGAAUGUCUGCUAUGUGCCAAGCACCGGGAGGACAGAGCCCCUACUCCCGGGGACUACUCCCACAGUCUUAGAGGACAGGCUAAUUUAUUUUUAAAGUAGAAAGUAUAAAUGUAAGAACUGAAGUGUUUACACAGUAUAGACGUACUAAUUUUAUCUCGGUGGAACUAGGUAGUCUAAGGUGUCAUUAAGUGGGGUCAGGAAAGGCUUCCCUGAGGAGCUGGAAUUUGAAGGAUGUUAGGAAUUAAUUGAUCCAGUGGACAGGGGAAAGUAGACUAACUUGCCUCCUAAAUGGAUUUUCAGUUAAAUAAAGAGGGGUGGGGGGUAUAUUUUGGUGUUUACAAGACUAACAAACUCCUUUAAAAAUCAACUUUCAAGAUGUGAGUCCUUGGAUCAUUGAUUCCACUGGUUCUGUUAUUACUGAGUAGAGCUUCAGAUUACCUGGCAGUUAGAGCUCUCAAGUUUUUACAGACUCCACCUUCUUUUUAAAACUGACUUUGUUUCACACCCAUUCAGGGUCUAGGCAAAUGAUUUAGCACUGUCUGUCGUGAAUUCCAUGUUUUCGCUAUUGUUCUUCUUUAUCCACACUGACAGUCUAUGUCUUUUUAACCAAAAGUCACUUUCCCUUUGCCCCAAAUUAACAUUUGCUUUCAUAGAGUAGCUAGGUGCUAUAGGCUAUAUUCAUCAGAUAUGUGAAAACACUAUUUUUAAAAUAAAUGUAUAAA